AUGGGGUACUCAGAAGUUGACAAGACCGCCAUAAACACCAUCCGAAUUCUUGCUGUUGAUGCAACUGCAGUUCCCAACUCCGGCCAUCCCGGAGCACCCAUGGGCCUUGCCCCGACUUCACAUGUCCUAUUCAACAAGUUCAUGCACUUCAACCCAAAGAAUCCAAACUGGCCCAACAGAGAUCGUUUUGUUCUCUCAAAUGGACACGCUUGCGUGCUGCAAUAUACCCUUCUCCAUCUUUUUGGAUAUGCCCUGUCCAUGAAUGAUAUGAAGGACUUUAGAAAACUUGGCAGUAUCACUCCCGGCCACCCCGAGGCCCACGACACCCCUGGAAUCGAGGUCACAACUGGACCCCUCGGCCAGGGAAUUGCCAACGCUGUUGGUCUCGCUAUUGCUCAGGCUCACACUGCUGCUGUUUUCAACAGGCCAGGAUAUAACCUGUUCGACAACUACACAUACUGCAUCUUUGGUGAUGGAUGUGCCAUGGAGGGUGUUGCUAGUGAGGCUGCUAGUUCUGCUGGCCACCUCAAGCUUGGCAACUUGAUCUGCUUGUACGACGACAACCAUGUCUCUAUCGAUGGUGAUAUCAAGUGUGCAUUCACCGAAGAUGUGUGUGCACGAUUCGAGGCCUACGGAUGGCAUGUCCAGCACGUCAAGGAUGGUGAUCACGAUUUGGAAGCCAUUGAAGCCGCUAUCCAGAAGGCCAAGGAAGUUACUGACAAGCCUUCAAUGAUCAAGAUCACCACCACCAUUGGAUUCGGCUCCCUGCUCCAGGGUACUGGUGGCGUUCACGGCAACCCUCUCAAGGCCGAUGAUACCAAGCAACUCAAGGAGGCCUUCGGCUUCAACCCUGACGAGACAUUUGUUGUCCCACAAGAAGUCUAUGACCUCUACCACCGCCGCUCUGCUGAGGGUGCCGCCAAGGAACAGGAGUGGAACAACCUCUUUGCCAAAUAUGCAACUGAGUACCCGAAGGAGCAUGCCGAUGUCACCCGUCGGUUGACUGGUAAACUCCCAGAGGGGUGGGAGAAGUGCUUACCCACAUACUCCCCAAGCGACCCAGCCAUUGCAUCGCGCAAGCUCUCCGAGGCAGUGAUCGAGAAGAUCUACGAUGUCAUCCCUGAAUUUGUCUGCGGAUCCGCUGACUUGACCGGUUCGAACAACACUCGCUGGAAGAAGGCAGUGGACUUCCAGCCCCCAUGCCUUGGUAUUGGUGAAUGGUCCGGCCGCUACUUCCGAUACGGUGUCCGUGAACAUGGUAUGGCUGCUAUGAUGAACGGUAUGGCCGCUUAUGGCACCAUGCUCCCUGCUGCCGGAACUUUCCUGAACUUCGUCUCGUAUGCCGCUGGAGCUGUCCGUCUGUCUGCUCUCUCCGGCGUUCGUGUUAUUUAUGUUGCAACCCAUGACUCGAUCGGCCUGGGAGAAGAUGGCCCAACCCAUCAGCCGAUCGAAACGCUCGCGCAUUUCCGUGCCCUCCCCAACUUGAUGGUGUGGCGUCCCGCUGAUGGCAACGAGACCAGCGCUGCCUACUACUCUGCUCUCACUGCUAAGUCUACUCCUUCCAUCCUCGCCCUAACCCGCCAGAAUCUGCCACAACUCGAGGGCUCUACCAUCCAAAAGGCUCUCAAGGGUGGAUAUGUUGCUGUUGAAGCCGAGAACGCCAACAUCACCAUUGUCAGUACCGGAUCCGAAGUCGGUAUCUGUAUCGAUGCCGCCAAAUACCUCAAGGAGAAGCACAACGUUGUUGCUCGUAUUGUCUCGAUGCCUUGCUUCGAGGUCUUCGAUGCUCAAGACAAGGAGUACAGACUCAGUGUUAUUCCAGAUGGUAUCCCAUCUCUCAGUGUUGAGGUCAUGAGCACUCUUGGCUGGGAGAGAUAUUCACAUGAGCAAUUCGGCCUCAACCGCUUCGGUGCCUCUGGCCCAUACAAGGACGUCUAUGCUAAAUUCGAAUUCACACCCGAAGGUAUCAGCAAGCGUGCUAUUGCUACUAUCGAUUUCUACAAGGGCGUCCCCGUCCGUUCUCCGAUCAACCGUGCUUUCCAGCAGCUUAUUUAA